CCCAGUGUGUCUCUCCCAAUGGACCCUGCCCCUCUGCCUGUCCCUUCCUGUCCCUCUCAGGCACCGGUAACACAACAUAACAAAGCGACCAAUCGCCGUGGACCCGAGAAAAGCCGAGAGUUUCCGGAAACAGCCGAAUGCGUCCGGAAACCUUUGUAUCUGGGAUCCGGUUUCCCGGAAAGAGCCGAACAAGCGAGUGAGACUCGGUCUGUCCCGGUCUGUCCCGGUAUGAUAGAGGUGGUGGCCAAGUUGGGCCGGGGCCCCGUGUUCCUGGCGGGGGAGGUGCUGGAAUGUGUCGUGUCCUUCAGCAACCCCCUGUCUGCCCUAUCCACCUCCGCCAGCAGUGAGACCCUGGCAUGGGCUAGUGCCCAGAUUCAUUGCCAGUUCCAUGCCAGCGAGAGUCGUGUCCACCUACCGGCCAAUGAGGAGCCCCGACAGGAUGUGCAGGCAGAGAACGAGACCGUAUUUGUCCCAAACAGAGGCGAGCGGGGCCAGUGCAUCCUCUCCACUCCCCCCAAAAUCUUAUUCUGUGACCUGCGCUUGGACCCUGGAGAGUCCAAAUCCUACUCCUACAGUGAGAGUUUGCCCCUCGCUGCUCCUCCUUCAUUCCGGGGCCAGUCGGUGAAGUAUGUCUACAAACUGACCAUCGGCUGCCAAAGGGUUAACUGCCCCAUCCAGCUCCUGCGGGUUCCAUUCCGCGUUCUCCUGCUGCACGCGCUGCAGAACUUCCAGCCCCCACAGGAGGAUGAGGUUGCGCCCUCUAACCCCUUCCUGGAUGAGGAGGGGGGUGGCAAGAAAGACUCGAGGCUGUUGGACUCGGCUGUGGAGAUUCUUAUGGCGCUGACGUCGCGCCGGACUUUGCAUCAGUUUAAUAUCAGUAACAGCCGCGGGCGCGUUGGCACUUUCUGCAUCUUUAAGACGGUGUAUAAAAUAGGAGAAGACGUGAUUGGCACAUUCAGUUUCUCUGACGGGGAGAUCCCCUGCCUGCAGUACUCGGUGUUGCUGCAGACGGAGGAGAGUGUGCAGGAGGAGUACCGGCGAUCGCGGGCACAGCCGGUGUCCGUCACUACCCACGCCCAGCACCACGAGUCCUGUCUGCACUCGGCCGGCACCAACUUCAGCCUCCCCAUCCCCCUCACGUCGUGCCCCGGCUUCAGCACCAACAUCGUCUCAUUGAAGUGGCGCCUCCAUUUUGAAUUUGUCACCUCCCGGGAGCCCGUUGAAGCACCUACUGUUCCUGAGAACCAAUCGGAGAUAAUCACCUGGACGGGGGCUGGACAAAUAGAGGUAGACACCUUUAGCUGGGACCUGCCAAUCAAAGUUCUUCCGACCAAUCCUCUGCUGGCUUCCUAUGUUUCCCCGGUUUUGUCCUCCCAUUCUAUCUGUAUAUAGGGGGCCCUGUAGGGGGCGCAGCCCUGUGGGACUAUUUAUAUUUCUGUAUAUAGAGGCUUUUAAUAAAGACAUUGGAAUGAG